GGGAAGCCUUGAUAAAGAGGCCAGCCCUGCCCUCUCGACUUUCAGUGGCCCCUGAAGUUUCUGCUUCCUUUGAUUGAUACUUUUUUUUUUUUUUUACAAAGGUCUUUUCUUUGUCUCCGGUUCGCUUUUUAAUAUUUAAAUCAGCAUCUGCACGGCUGAGUCCAUGGACGCUGGAAGCGGUCCUGGGGGCUGUCGUCUCCGCCCCCUCCAUAGCAGAGACCUGAAGAAGGUUCAAGACAAAGGAGACUCUGACAUCACCACGGGAGAGAAGAGAUACAAUACCAAGCACAAUGAUCUUCUGGAAUCUAAGGGAUGCUUUGCCAACGUAACAUCAUCUGGCAGAAGGGUCAGCCCCUCCUCUACUGAAACAGGUCUGAGUGUCGGUAAGCCUCUCAGCCCUUGCAGAGGCCUUGUCCACCUAGACCCUGCUGCAGAGUUGGAUCUGAAAUCCUCCUCCUCACAUUCUGAUCACUCCUCUGAAACUUCAUUGCCUGAAGUCCAAAAGGAUAAAUAUCCCCAGGAAUUCAGCCUGCUCAAGUUGCAGACAAAAGAUGGGCAGCGUCCUGAGUGGACAUUUUAUCCAAGGUUUAGCAGCAACAUCCACACCUACCAUGUUGGAAAGCAGUGUUUCUUUAACGGGGUCUUCCUCGGCAAUAGGAGGUCUCUGUCAGAGAGGAUCGUGGACAAGAGCCUUGGGAGAAAGAAAUAUGUUCUUGACCCCAGGAAUGGAAUCCCAAAGUUAACUCCAGGAGAUAAUCCAUAUAUGUAUCCAGAACAGAGUAAAGGCUUCCAUAAAGCAGGAUCAACUCUCCCGCCAGUGAAUUUUUCAAUAGUGCCUUAUGAAAAGAAAUUUGAUACGUUUAUUCCACUUGAGCCUCUUCCACAAAUCCCCAACUUGCCUUUCUGGGUGAAGGACAAGGCCAACAUGCUGAAGAGCGAGAUAAGAGAAGUCGAAGAGCUUGACAACUGGCAGCCAGCGAUCUCCUUGCUACACAGUUUGCUACCUGCUGGUGGGUCAAAGGACUUUCAAAAAAUAGCAUAACAACUGGAGGCAACCCCGGAAGAGCAGGCUUGAGGUGGCCCCUGGGCAGAUGUCACGGCUGUGGGUUGCUGUCAAGUAUAUGUUCGAGAACUGUUGGUCUUGUGAUGGAGCACAGCCUUUAACUGUGCCUCUAUCCACAGGUUCUUUCGACUUUCCAAGACAGUCCUGAACAGAAACAGGUCCAGGAAGCAGGCACUGACUGGCCCCUGGAGAGCCUUUUCCUGUUGAUUGCUUCUGUUAGUGCAACUGUUCUAAAUCAAAUGUUUGACUUGGAUGCAAAAUCAC